UUUUGGUGUAUUGGUAAUUAAUUUAAUUUGUUGAUUUUUGGAACUCAAGAAAUUUUAUUCCUUAGUUUAUUGCUACAUUCAAAUUUCAAUAUUGUUUUUUUUUUUUUUUUUGUAUUUCCAUUUCCAUCCCCUAUUGAAUUUUACUUAUGGAGUUAGUUUGGUGCUGGCAAGUGAGUUGAAUUGAAAUGCUUAUAGUGCGAAAUGUGAAGUUAAUUGUUUCAAUGUUCACUACUAUUGUUGUUAGGAUACUUGAUAUGUUCUAAACGUUGAGUUUCAGUGUUGAGAAUCGAUCAAUCCCGCAUGCCGAUUUGAUCUUGUUUGGCCAAAAAAAUAUAUAGAUAUGUGGAAAGGUCUGUCAUUUAGCAUUAUUGUUGGUACAUUAGAAAUUUCAUCAUGCCAAAGGAGAGAAGAGAUCGUUCCGUGUCUUUUGAUAGGUAUAGGAGAUCUCACUUCUCAUGUAGCUCCAGCUGUAGUCUCCGAUCUUCGCCUAAUCUCCCUUCAGAAACUGAGGAAAAUCUAAAGGAAUGGGAAGAAGCCCGGUGCCCUGUCUGCAUGGAGCAUCCUCAUAAUGCAGUUCUUCUCAUAUGUUCUUCCCAUGAGAGGGGUUGCCGUCCAUACAUGUGCGAUACAAGUUAUCGCCACUCUAACUGUUUUGAUCAGUUUCGCAAGUCAUUUGCAGAUACCUCAGCAACAACACCAGAUGAUCCUCAACAAGAAGGAGCUCAACUUGUGACAACAAAUUUAACACCAGCUGCAACUGCAACAUCAGAAUCAACUGUCACUGAUUUGCAGGAAGAAAGAAGUGAGGAAGGGCCCUCUACGCCAGCAAUUGUCUCAUGUGAGAAUCAAGUGCUAUCAAAGCUAGUGUGCCCUCUGUGUCGUGGUGAGGUAAAAGAUUGGAUUGUUGUAGACCAUGCCCGUCAUUUCAUGAAUGCCAAACCUAGAAGCUGUUCCUCUGAAACAUGUAAUUUUACUGGUGCCUAUAAAGACCUAAGGAAGCAUGCAAGACUUGAGCACCCUUCUGUUCGCCCAUCAGAGGCUGACCCUGAGCGACAGCAAAACUGGAGGAGGUUGGAACGCCAGAGAGACCUUGGGGACUUGCUCAGCACACUUCAAUCUUCAUUCGGGGAGGAGAGAGCGGAUGACAGCAUUUUGCCAAUUGAUGAUGGAAGUUGGCUCACGGUAUAUUUCCUUAUACGCGUGUUUCGACCAGGGUCUAGUCCUAGGAGCAGCAGCUGGUCUGGCACCUCAAGGUCGAGAGCUCAAUUUGGUAUUAGGAGAUCUUCCAGACUUUGGGGGGAAAACUAUGAUGGUGAAACUGGAUCUACCAGAGAUGAGGACAAUGAAUCUUCAGAUGAUGGAUCAUUUCCUUGGAGGCAUCGAGUAAGGAGACGGACAACUCCUGACAAUCAAUCAUGAUUGUCAUUAUAUCUUUAAAGGGAUCUGUUUAUUGUUCGAAUGUCAAGGUUUCAGUUGACAGGGAGAGGAAUGCAAGUCUAUUACUUGAGCAUCUGUAUCUGUUCCGCACUGCAUGGAACGAAUGUGGUCCGAGUUGCUGGAUGGUAUCAAAUGAGUGAACUAAAUUUUAAUCUGUCUGGGAACUUAAAUCAAUCUGUAUACACUUUCUCUUCCGCAGCAAUUUCAUUUUCUAUCUUUGCGGCUGCAAUAAUUUCAAGCCUUUCCUUUCAACUUUUGAGAGAUGAUUCCGGUUCUUCUGAGAACUGUGAUGAUGUUCAGAGCCAUUCCUGGUUGCCAUUUGGUUAAAAAUA